AUGUUGGCUAGGCCUCUCAGAGCGCUGUUUGCAUUUUCCCUUGUUCUCCUGGUCUUCCUCACCUUUAACUUGUUCAAGUCGUCGUUGUAUUCCAAAGUAUAUGUGCUGCCGUCUGGCUUCGAAGCCCGGUCGAUACAAGCCCGCCAGAUCAAGUUCUGGCAAACCUUUCUUCCGAUCCUUCAUAAAAAUGGCCCGGACUGCCCUUCGCCUGAACGAGCUGGCUCAGUCCCAGCCACUGGAUUCAAUGCUGAUGAACCUCCCCCGCGACCGUCUCUCGUUUCUAUGCCAGAGGCGGACGUGCUGAAGAUGCAGCAGGCACAUACGGCCUUCCUGCAGCAGACCAAGUCUUCCCCCGAUCUGAAGCCCGUCUUUAUUCCCAACAGUCGCGGAGCGGUAUACACAGCUGGAGGAAAAUAUCUACCUGUUUUCAUCAUUUCGCUACGGAUGCUCCGACGAACCGGCUCGAAUCUCCCCAUCGAACUGUUUCUCAAAGACCAUGACGAGUACGAAAGCAGCAUCUGCGACGAAGUCAUCCCCUCACUAAAUGGUCGCUGCAUUGUUCUAUCUGAUAUCCUCGGUUCUGCCAUCCCGGACCGUAAUGAUUCCAAAAAACACCAAGCGAGCAGUAACAGCAAUGGAAACAAAAACACAAAGGUCGAAAUCGGCCACUACCAACUCAAAAUCUUCGCCAUGCUUUUCUCCUCCUUUGAAGAAAUUGUCUGGAUAGAUGCAGACUGCUUCCCCCUACAUAAGCCGGAAGAGCUUCUUGACUCACCCCCUUUCAAACUAACGGGAAUGGUUACCUGGCCGGAUUUCUGGAUCUCCAGUGUCUCCCCAUUAUACUACAACAUAUCCAAACAACAGAUUCCUCCAAUGGGAUUGAGAGCCUCGUCGGAAACGGGUCAGAUACUUCUCUCCAAGAAGACACACCCAACUACUCUACUCCUCGCCACAUACUACAACUACUAUGGACCUUCCCAUUAUUUCGCACUCCUCUCACAAGGUGCGCCCGGUGAAGGCGACAAGGAAACCUUCCUGCAAGCCGCCUCUGCAGCUGGUGAACCAUUCUACGCGACCAGCGCACCCGUCGCAGCAAUCGGACAUCAGAAAGCAAACGGCACGCUCAUUGCAGGCUCCGCAAUGGUCCAAUUUGACCCUGCAAGCGAAUAUGGCAAUCAUCAAAUCUCCCUCGCACACAAAAAUAACGAAAGUAACAGCAAAGGGAACCUUGGCGGGAGCAGCAGGCCUGCGAAGCCCAUCAACCCGCCGCGCGUCUCUUUCAUCCACGCCAAUUUCCCCAAAUUCAACCCCGCAACUGUCUUCGACGAGACCUUCGAAACAAAGCCCACAUAUAGACCUGAUGGCAGCGACGGGCGCGCAUGGGUCGUGGCGCGCGAUACCAUCGCACGCUUUGGAUAUGACGUUGAGCGCGCGUUUUGGGAGGAGAUAUUGUGGGUUGCUUGUGAGCAGGGAGGGAAGUUUAAGUCGUGGGAAGGGAAGCAGGGGAUUUGUGAGAGGGUGAGAAAGUAUUGGGGGAAUGUGUUUGCGGUUGAGGGAAAGGAUGAGGAUGGGGUGCUGGGGCUUUGGGGUGCAGGGAGCAAGGCGGGGGCGAGUAUGUAG